CAUCAAACGAAAGCAAAAAAGAGAACCUCCUCUCCAAGCAAAGGAUCAAUACAAAUAGCUCUCUCACAAUAAUCCACACCAAAUUCCAUCCCCACUCUCUCAAAUUUUCACAACCAAACCUCAAAUAGAACCCCAAAUUCCAACAUGGGCAUGGUAUUUGGAAAAAUUGCUGUAGAAACCCCAAAAUACCAAGUCCUUAAAUCCACAGCCGAUUACGAAAUCCGGCAAUAUGCACCAUCAGUGGCAGCUCAAGUGACGUAUGAUCCAUCAGUGUUCAAUGGCAACAGAGACGGUGGGUUUACUGUGCUGGCCAAUUACAUAGGCGCUCUUGGCAAUCCCCAGAACACCAAGCCUGAGAAGAUAGCCAUGACUGCUCCAGUCAUAACCCAGCAAAGCUCGGCUGAAAAGAUCGCCAUGACAGCCCCUGUUGUGACGAAAGAAGCCGGGGACGCGAAGACGGUGACAAUGCAAUUCCUGCUGCCUGCUAAGUAUCAGAAGGCGGAGGAGGCGCCGAAGCCGGUGGAUGAGAGAGUGGUGAUUAGGGAAGUGGGGGAGAGGAAGUAUGGGGUGGUGACUUUUAGUGGAGUGGCGUCGGAGCAAGUGGUGGAGGAUCGGGUGGAGAAGCUGAAGAGGGCUUUGGAGAAAGAUGGGUUUAAGAUUAUAGGGGAGUAUUUGCUGGCGAGGUUUAACCCACCUUGGACUCUGCCUGCAUUUAGGACUAAUGAGGUUAUGAUCCCAGUUGAGUGAGUCCUCAGGUUUAGUCGUUUAGGUCCUCCUGUGCUGUUUUGGUUCACAUUCAGUAGUAUGUAAUGACUAAUGAGUUUGUUUUCAGAUGAAUAAAAGCUUGUCAGAUUGCAGAUUAGAA